AUGAGUAAAGUAUCUGAUGAACGGCCAGUCGACAUUCCGCGGCCGAUUGAACAAUCGGAUAUUUUGGAACCAAAAGAAAUCGAGGAGGAACAUGUGGAAGAGGAAAAGAAAAAGCCGGCGGGAGCCAAGUUGAGUACACUGUACAGCUUUGCGGAUAAAUGGGAUUUGUAAGUCGGCGUUGUUUCAGAGAGCAAAAAAAUAUUUCAUUGUACGAAAUUAUGUAUUGUUUUAGGAUCUUGUCGAUUAUCGGACUGUUAAUGGCCCUAGUUCAAGCAGCCCUUCCCCCAUUCGUGUGGCUUAUCAUGGGAGAUUUUGUCACCUUUGCGAUUGAAAGAGAGGUAAGAGCCUUGCGGAUUAUCUAACAGGGGAAGUACACCGGGUAAAAAUCUAAUUUUUUCUAACAAUAAGACACAUGCAGGAUUCUUAGCUAGCGUUUUGCCGAAACGGCCGGGGUUUUUUAGUCAAAAGCUGGGAAAACUGGCCACAUCUCGGCUCUUCUCUGAAAAGCUCCAGCAAAAUGUUCAGGAAUUGAUACGUAGCCCAAAUCGUAUGCAAAACUUAAAGAAAGUCUUAGCGUCGUGGGGAAAUGUAUUGCUUUCUUUGCAAUUUUCGCAGCGAUGGGCCAAAACCGCACUGUCCAAAUUAUCAGAAUUUUUUCUUGGGACAUUUCCCUUUUUAGUAGCUCUGCCAAACAUGUACAGCGCAAACAACCAACUCAUAAGCUUAUCUCACAUGAAAAGGGUACCAUUUUCCAUUUCAGCAAGAAAGUAGUAGGGCUAGAAAUCGAAAUGGAACUCUUCUGCUUCUUUUCAUCUAUAUAGUUUCUACAUAUAAUAACACUAUAGCAGCCCAAAUACUCCAUAAUUUUUUUCAAGAUAAUAAAAAAAGCCUUACAAACUAGAAAAUUCCCGUCGUGUGCACUGAACAAAUAUGUUCCAUACGAAACAAAAAAGUCUCUUCGAGGAAGCCAAAAGGCCAAUCUUUUUUCUCUUUUUAUAAUCUCUGGGACAGGGAGCAAAAAGAUUAGAAGUUUUAUCAACCGACAAACAUUUGAUAAGCCUGGUCAAACAGCAUAUAUCUUGUGCUAGAAUUGGAAGAAAAUUGAUGUAUCAAAAAUAUUAGUAAACUUUGUCAUAAAAAAUCAAAUCGUGUUAUGGUAAUAAAUUGUAAUAAAGCGAAAUCUCCAAAAUGAGUCUUUACUCAUCAAGUUUUAGGCGUUGAUGAAAUUUGCCGCAAGCUAGUGAAUGCUCCAACUGGGACGCUCAGAUUUUGUUGAGACCUGGCACAAACUUAGAUAAACAUUUCUCUUUUUAUUAUAGCACAAAACUGAAAAGACAUGGCCAAAAAUUAUUUGUUUCUCUGACCGCUCUCCGCUUUUUACGUACUAUCCCAGCCAUAAAGAUCAUUGAAUUUCUUGAAAUGGCGCCAUUUUUAUAAAAACUUAAAGGCUGAAAGUUGGCAUAGCUUUGACAUUUUUGCGAGGUUUUGACAACUAAAUUUGACUUCUGUCGUAGAGCAACUUUUUCACAAAAAAAAACUGUUUUUUUCUAUACUAAAUUGGCAAAGAUAUAGGCAAAAAACUUUUUCUUUCUCUCUGACCGCUCUCCACAUUACGCGUACUCUCCCGCCACCAAAGAUCGUCGAAUAUCUCGGCUGUUUCUGCAAAGCGCGAGCUAAAAUUUCUCGGAAUUAAUGAUUGACAGACAAGGAACAUCUACGCAAAAUUUGAACAAAAAUUCAGACAAAAAAAAUUUUUUUUUUGCAAUUUUCUGUAAAGCCUCUCAAAUCACCUAACUCUUUCAGGAAGUAAAAUUCGACUACAACCGCAUGCUCCAACUGCAACAAGACGAGGAUUCCGAGCCCUUCACCCCGCUGAAUCAGACCGAAAUGGACGUGGAUUACCAGAUCCGCCAACUGGAGGUGGAUCAAAAGUUUACGAACGCCGCAAUGCCCGUCUUCGUCGCGAUGCUCUCGCUCUCCGUCGCCACAUUCAUUGCGGCAUUCAUACAGGUGCGGCGAUGGUUUCGUUGAAAUCUGAUUUCGGUUUGAUUCGUUUUGAUUAAUGAGAGGGCCGAAGGAGGAGGAGGAGGGCGGCGUGGUUGAUCGUUGAAGAUUAAAGUUCACGUUGUAAUGGCAGUCUGUCGGGGAAAUAAUGUGGAUUUUUCGCAGAAAAAUAGGCACCAAAUACCCAGCGGCUAGCCGUUGCGAACCGAUGAUUGGGCGAUUCCGAGGUGCAACGAAUCCACAUUAUUUUCCCGACGGACUGAUUUUACAGCGUAAGCGAUACGCUAAGCUAGAGUUUUUGAAGUGAUAUGUUAAAUGUGGAAUUUUUUUGUCAAAAAAUAUGGGCAAUUUUUUGUAAGACGUGGCCAAAUCAAAAACCUUUGGUCAAACUUUUUUCUUUUGGCCACGUUUUUCUUGCUUGGCCAUAAUUGUUUCGAUAUGUCAAAGUAUGCCCACGUUUUGUAAUAUUAGUAUUUACUUUGAACAUUUUCAACAAGUCUUAUUGUUAGCCACAGGCGUCGCUCUGCUGCAUUUUUAUGGGAGGUCGCAAUCAAUCGAAUUUGAUUUUUUGACCAGUUCAGAAAAUUGAGAGUAUGUACAGUGGACCUGAUCGAGUGGCAAAAAACGUACCAUUUUGCAUCGGGGAAGUAUCAAAAAAUGGUGCAAAAUACCUCCCUCUUUAAGUGAAAAAACUACAAUUCCAAAAGAUGUUUCUGUGAGGGAAAGGGCGCGAACUUCCAAACAGAGUUUUAAGUUGGAGAGGCAGGCAUUUUGCUACUUUUUUUGAUACCACAUUUUUGGCCACUGGACCAGGACCGUCACUGUAUUUCUCAACGAGAGGAGUUAAAGGAUUCGUGGACCAAAUUCCGAAAAAAACAAAGAAAGCGGCCUAACUUUUUAUUUUUUUUCAUCGGCAAUGACACAGGAAUUUUUAAAUUCCUUACUAAUACUUAUUGCCAUUACAAUUUCAGCGUCUUUCAUGGGAGAUCUCUGGGAUUCGUCAAGUUUUCCGUGCCAGAAGAACCUAUAUUAGCAAGUUGUUGCACAUGGACAUUGCUUGGUUGGAAUCUCGGCAUAGCGGUCAAGUCGCUUCUACACUUCAUGAGUAGGAGAUAUUUUAACAUUUUUUAUGCAAUUUUUUAAAAUAUGAAAAAGUCAGCAUUGCAAACUGUGCCUGCAAGUUUAUUAUCAGCCUGUCGGGAAAAUAAUGCGCACAAUGGCGUUUCAAAAUUUUGAUUUUGCAGCGAUACAAUUCAUUUUCUCGGCGGCGAUGCGAUUUUCGAUGCGGCAAAGUGCUUAUUAUUUUUCCUACAAAAUGAUAUUCUGAAAUUUCAGCCACUCCGAGUCGAUUUAUCAAGGGAUCGCAGACCACGUGCCUAUGACAAUCUUCAUUUUUGUCUAUCUCGUUGUCACGUUGUCCGUUUGCUUCUAUAUUCAAUGGGAUGUGACGUUGGUGAUGUUGCUGGCGUUGCCAGUGCUGAUCGGAACUCGGCUCAUUUUCAGCAAAGUAAGUCAUCAUUUUUUAAGCUGUAUUGGUUGACAACGAAGCCAUUGUAAAUAAUCCAAUAUUUUCAGUGGUUCUGCAAAACAAUGGACGAAGAGUUCAGCUUGCAGACGAAGAUGACAAAUCUGGUCAGUGAGACGUUUCUGUGCAUUCAAACCGUGAUCUCAUUCGCGUCGCAACGGCAGACAAUUAAUAAGUAAGUAUUGACGUAUAUUUAUCAUUCUUAAAUCUUCAAUCACUUCCAGAUACGAACGCCUCGCCAACGAGCAUAAUCGAAUGACCGAAGAGCGGUUGCGAGCGUCCUCAGUCUACGACGCAUUGGCGCAGGUCAUGUUUACGGAGCUCAUUUUCACGGCCGCCUUGUGCUAUGGGAUGUAUCGAGUGGGCGGAGAGAACUCCGGCCGACUCGCCGCAUUGGCCAUAAAUAUGCUGUAUGUGUGCGUGACGUCCAUUAGCAUUGGCUUCCAUUUGAACGGGGUCUCAUCGUCCAAGCAGAACGCACAAGAGGUAAAAAAGAUUCUGGAAGAGUCGCCGCAAAUUGAAACGGAUCAUAACGAAAGAAAGGUGGGGGAUUAUAACUAUAUAUACAGUUCACCCCUUAGCUUGUGGUACAGUGAGGGACCUGAUCUAGCGUCAAAAAAGUGCCAUUUUGCAUCCGGGAAGCAUCAAAAAAUGUUUCAAAAUGCCUCCCUCUUCAAGUGAAAAAAAUUCGUUUCGAAGGGCGCGCCCUUUCCCUCACGAAAGAGAGCGGGCGGGCAUUUGAAAUCGGAGUUUUUUCACUUGGAGAGGGAGGUAUUUGGCUACAUUUUUUGAUACAAGUAUAAACUCGUUAUUUUUUCAGCUGAAACAGCUCCUAUCGUGUCCAAAGUUCAGCAUUAUCCAAGAAAGUGCUUCGAUUUCUUUCAGAAAUGUCAGAUUCAGCUAUCCAUCAAGGCCUGACGUGGAGGUAGGAUUAAUGCUAAGCACUAUAUACCGUAUUUUACCAGGUGAUAAAAGGGAUUUCGUUGGACAUCAGGCCCGGCGAGCACUUGGCCAUCGUCGGCUCGAGUGGCUCGGGAAAAUCGACGCUAACUGCGCUGAUUCUGCGGUUUUACGAUUGUCAGGGUGGAGAGGUAAGUUAAGAGCAAGUAAAUACAUAUAUAUUAACUUUGAAUAUAAUUAAAAAUAUUUUUUUUGGAAAAAAUCAAAUUUUUUUUCUUUUUCCAAUUUUUAGAUCCUCUUCGACGGAACGAAUGUCCGCGAAGUCUGUCCCGACCUUCUUCGCGCCCGAAUUGGCCUUGUCAGUCAAGAACCGGCUUUGUUUGAUGGCACCAUCGCCGAUAACAUUCGAUACGGCCAUUUGAAUGCAAGCCAAGGGGAUGUGAACGAUGCCGCCAGAAGAGCGGAGGCCUGGCAUUUCAUCAACGCAUUGCCGGAUGGAAUGAAAACGAGGGUUGGGGAUCGGUGAGAUUUUUUUUCGAAUUUUCCUUCAAUCACCGAAAAAAUUGAGAUUUUCAAAAUUCCCAUGAAAAAAGAGGUUGUCAUUUUUGAAAAAAAAUCUUAACUUGGCAAAAAAGGAUGGUGACAAAUUUGUUUUGGGAUAAAAAAAUGUUUAAUUUUUUGGUAGAAAGAGGCAAAAUUUUAUGUUUUUUUCGGCUUUUAGGCCGCGAGAAGUGCGAAACGUGAAUAACAAAGCUCUAGAAAGUUGUCAAAAUUUCAAAUACAAACUUUAUGGAACAAAAAAUUUCAAAAAAAUCAAAGAAAAAUAUUUACGAUUUGCGAGCUGAAUAUUGCGCACUUAAUUCGAAGUAAAGCGUGUAGUUUUUAACAAAAAAUCAAUUUUUUCCUUCCAAAAAUUCGAUAAAAAAAUGGCCAGAAAACUUUUUCUCUGAUCACCUUCCGCAUUUCGCAUGCUCUCUAGUCCAAAAAAAUCAUCAAUAUCUUCACCAAUUUUUGAAAAGUAUCAGGUAAAUUUCUUGGGGAAAUUAGCUGUGGAAAUUUGUGAAAAAAAAUCGAGGUUGACCCUCAAAUUAUUUCAAAACUUAUUUUUCAAAACGCAUAUUAUUCGUUUCCCCCUUCCCAUGCCCUUUCCAAUUAUUUCCCCCCGUUCGCAAACCGUUUCAAAUCCUUUUUCGGUCAUCCGCUCGAAUGUGAUCAGGUGGCCGAGUGGUUAAGGCGAUGGACUGCUAAUCCAUUGGGGUUUCCCCGCGUGAGUUCGAAUCUCAUCCUGAUCGAAUCUUUUUUGAUCGAUUUCUUUGAAUAGUUUGGGUAAAAUACGGAGGACGACAAUUUACAAAAAAAUAUUUUUUUGCGAUUUUAAAUUAAAAACUCGCUUUUAUUGCGUUUAAAAUUAUUUUUCAUCCUUUUCAGAGGUCAUCAACUGUCCGGUGGGCAAAAACAACGAGUUGCCAUUGCCAGAGCUGUCAUUCGAAAUCCGUCGCUUAUAAUUUUCGAUGAAGCCACGUCAGCGCUGGAUACAAAACACGAAGGAGAAGUUCAGAUGGCAAUUGACGCCGCUAGCAAGGGAAUCACGACGAUUACGAUUGCUCAUCGGUAAGAAAACUAAAAAAUUCGAAUAAGGUACACUAAACUUGACUCUGGACUCUCUGGACUCACUGAUUCUGUUCAAAUUUUGCAUACAUACUCGAAAUAGGCGACAAAUGAAUCAGUGAAAAUUUUCUCCCGCAAAUCGCAAGUAGAACUGAGAUAUUCAAGGGUCUUUGCGAGAGAGUGCGAAAAAUGAGGAGUCGGCAGACAAAGCAUUUUUGGGGGAGUAUCUCGGCUGCGCUUGCAAAAAAGUGUUAGAAAAUUUCAGGAAUUUCUAAGUGGCCUAUUAAAAAGACGUGUGCAAAAUUUCAAAAAAAUCGACCGGUCGAUUUUUGAAAAAUUGAACUUUUAAAUUUUAGCAAAAAAUUUGCCUAAACACUUUAUUUUUACAUUUUCAUUAUGCAAAUAUCCCUCAAAAAUCAAAAAUUUUAACCCCGCCCCCAAUUACCUUCUAAAAAUCCCACUUUCAGCCUAAGCACCGUCCGCAACGCGGAUCGCGUCAUCGUCCUCGACAACGGCCAAAUCGUUGAAGAGGGCACUCCCGAGCAACUCCUGGCCACUCAGUCCAGCCGCUUCUUCAAAAUGUACGCGGACCAGCGGUUUGAGACGCUGCAAACUCGCGAAUCCUCGCCUCCGCUGUCAACGUCAUCGUCAGCCAGAUCGUUGAGCACCAAGCCGUUGUUGACGGGGAAACUCUCGAUGGGAUCCUUCGAAAUGCACAAAGUUUUUGUAAGGCUUUGAGAGUUUUGAAUGCUUAUUAACUGCUUCUUUACUAACAGCUUUAUUUUUGUGGUUGAUUUUUCAGGAGACGACUUAUUGGUUCGUAAGUUUUUGAAGAUUCAAUUGACAAAGAUGGAGAAACGAUUCCUCGGCUCUACUGUAAAGAAAAAUCUAUGGUUUUUUGCUUGAACUAACAAUUUCUCGCUAAUUUUCUGUUGCUAACAAGGGAAGUGUUGAUCUGCGACGCACAAGCUUUCUUUAACUUUUGCAUGUACAGUUUGGGCAUGGCACGUCAAAAUAGACCCUUCGCUAUCGGUUUUUUACACUUCGUCUUGAUUUCGCAGAGAAAGAGAGAAAAAAGACACGCAAAAGCGCACUCUCUCGCCCCAAAAAUUCCCCAUUUCUUCCCCGACAAAACGUUUUUUCGCGUCUUUUUUUGGCAAAUAGCCAAUCCAUUCACCGGACUGUUUUAGCUUAUCUCAGUUUGACGUGCAUGGUCUUUAAUCAACACAUGUCACAAGUGUUGGUAAAAAUGCGGCGCUUUUUUGCAAAUUUUGCCAUGAAAAUACUCAUGCCUAUUUCUACCGUAGAGGGGAAUGUUUAUACAAAAAAUCAAUGUCCGCACAAAACUAAUUAUGGCCAAAAAAUAGUUUUUCUCUGACCGCUCCCCGCAUUUUUUCUACUCUCUCGGCCGCAAAGGCCGUUCAAUUUCUCGGCUACGCCUAAACUUUUCGUCGCGACUUACAGUGCAUUUCUGUCGUGCAGUACCACCCGUUUUUUACUUUUUGCAAUCUGACUAACAACAAGUUUUUACGCCUCUAACUUUUUUUGGAUACACUAACAAAAACGCGCCUACUAACCUUUUUCUCCCCCAAAACUCUCCUCAUUUCCCAAUUUGCAAGUGCUUUAGGACCCGGAAAAGCGUCGACACUGGCGUCGCUCCUCAUUAGGAGCCAAGCGAUUGGGCAAAUCCUAUUCCAUGUGUGGCGCUGACCGCGCGAAACUGGCUAUGCCGGUGAUAUCGCGGAAACGGACUAUUUUGAACAAGUCUUUCCGCCAGCCGAAUGUGAUGGAGGUUGUGCACGAAAAGUCGUUUGAAGAGGAAACAAUGAGCUAUACUGUAGGGAGUUUUAGAGGGUUUUUGGGGGGUUUAAAAAUUAUUUUUGGGAAUGGAAAAAAGUUGAAAUUUUUUCGGAAAAUUUUUUAUUAAAACUCAAAAAUAAAUGACUUUUGAAAUUUCUAUUAUAAAAACCGUAUUUUACCUUCAAAACGGAAAAUUACAAAAAACGUAUUUUACCUGAAAAAAGAGUUUUGAAAUUUCUAAAUUAUAAAAAACGUAUUUUACCUUCAAAACGGAUUUUUUUUGUCUUCCAAGCCAAAAAAAAAUUAAAAAAUUUUUUUAAUUAUUUUCCGUCAGUUCAAGGAAGAAUCUCAAUUCUCAAAAAAAUAUAAAACAAAUAAAAAAAAUUCAAAAUGUCAAUUUUUUUAAAAAAAGCCAAGAAAAAGUUGUUUUUGAAACUUCUAGAUGGAUUCAGCUGACCGUAUUUUACCUUCAAAACGGAUUUUUUUUUGGUUUUUCAAGCCAAAAAAUAAAAAAAAAUAAAAAAAAAAAUUUAUUUUUCGAUGUUCAAGGGAGAAUCCGAAUUCACAAAAAAAUUUCAAAAAACGUCUGUUUUUUAAUAAAAAUCAAAAAUAAAUAAUUUUUUAAAUUUCAAUCUGAAAUUGCGAAAGCCGUAUUUUACCUUCAAAACGGAUUUUUCUGAUGUUUUCGAAGCAAAAAAUAAAAAAAAAUAAUUUUCCAUAGUUCUAGCAAAAAAAAAAGAAUUCAAAAAAUUAAACUUAUUCUAGCUUCCGGGCCGUUCCACCAGUUUCAAAGCAGUCUGGCAUCUCAUCAAGGAGUACAAAGAAGGCUACACCUACAUUAUUUUCGCUCUUCCGACCACAAUUCUCCGCGGACUCUUCUUUUUGCUCGUGUGUUUCGAGGUCUCUUCGGUUCUGGAGAUCUCAAUGGCCCCUCCGGAAGACGUGCCGCGACGAAUUUUCAUUGUGGCCGCGGUUUAUACGGCGUUGAUCAUUGUGAAGACGAUCUUCGAAGCUGUCGGGGUGAGUUGAAAUUUUGGGGAAAAUCCGAUUUUUUCUUGGAAUUUGUAGCUUUUAGACAUUAAAAAAUGAUCAGAAAAAAUUUCAAUACAAAAAAAAGAAAAAAAAGCAAAAAUUCUCAAAAAAAAAAUCGGUCAAAAAAUCGGUAAGUCACCUAAUUUUCAUUCUAAAAAAAAGAAAAAAUGAUUACCACUCUGUCGGGAAAAUAAUGAACAAAAGUCGCUGCGCCAAUCGCAUCGCUGAAGUGAAAAGAAAUUUGACUUUGCCGCGGUACAAUUCAUUUUCUCUGCGGCAAUGCGAUUUUCAAUGCGACAUAGUGCUCAUUAUUUUCCCGACAGACUGUUAGAAUGGCAAUUUUUCGACCAAAAAAUCUCGAUUGAUUCUGUAUUUUGAAGCAAAAAUCUUGUUUGUGCAGUAAGACCAUCAUAGAACAAAGCCUUUUUUGCAGUGAUUCGUUUCAUAAGUUAAAAUAUUCGGUUAACUUUCGUCUUUCAGCCUCCGUAUAGCAAAUCCCUUUAGUAACGAAAAAAAUUUUAUAGCCCUUAUAUAUUUAUACGUGUUUAUGGGUAUUUAAUAAAAUCCUAGCCGCAAUUCACUACGGGUUGCAUAAAAAUUCGUGUUUAACAUCUUGAGUACCCCAAAAGAUCUAUAGACAUCUUGAGUACCCCUAUAUAUGUAUAGCUAUGCAUUCAAGAGUCCCAAAAUUCACCUUUUCAUUUUUCAGCGUUUAUUUGUCGCCUUAUACGGACAUGGUUUCUGCACGUAUCUUCGAUCUCAAAUGUUCAGAAAACUCCUCCGACACGGAGCCGCCUAUUUCGACGAGGAGAAUCACACUCCCGGAAGGUUGGUUCACAAAAUGAUCACGGAUACCGCCAGUCUGAAUAGAGUGAGUUGUAAAAUAUGGGAUCCAGAAACAUAUCGCUUAAUCAACUUUCAGAUCAUGGGUGAAAAGCUGGAUCUCUUAUUACCCGCCAUAAUUUGCUCGACGGUCUCAGUUACGCUGGCAUUACUGAUAAACAUGAAGCUGGCUUUGUUGUGCGGCUUCCAAUUCCCGGCUUUCGUGUUCUUCAGGCUGGUUGAGCUGAGAGAGACUUCGAAGAGGCAGCGGAAAAUGGCGGAGGAGGAGAAAAAGAUCGCUAAUGUAAGUCAACUUUUUCACCUCUACUUGCAAAGAAAUACGAAUCUCUGAGCAAAAAAGUCUAUAGAAAGGAUCGUACUUUCCCUUGAACUCAAAACGGUCGAUUACUCCAACAAUAUUCGUUUUCAGUUGGCAACCAUUGUGCUUUCAAACAUGGGGACCAUCAAAGCCUAUGGACUACAAGAUCACUUUGAUACGAUCUUCAGGAACGCGCUGAAGCCGAUGCAAAGGUGAGUGGGAUGAGUUGUUAAAAGCAAUAUACAGUGACCUGAUCCAGUGGCAAAAAAAGUGUCAUUUUGUAUCCAAUGGAAGGAACCAAAAUGCUGCAAAAUACCUCCCUUCUCUAACAGGGGAAGUACUCCAAGUACGACUCUCAGAUUCUGAUGAAACUUGGCACAAAUUUAGAAUAUUUUUUUCUAAGAUAUAUGGGAGAAUCCUUGCUCGCGCUUUGCAGAAACAACCGAGAUUUUUAGAACGAAAGUCGGUGAAAAUUUAGAACUUUUUGCCGAAUUUCGGCACGAAAAGUUUCAUGCAUAUUUCUAUUGCGGUAUACCGUAAAAGAUAAUGUUUCUACAAAGAAUCAUUUUUUUCCGCACGACACUGCCAAAGUUAUGGCCAAAAAGCGGUUUUCUCUCUGACCUCUCUCCACGUUUAGCGUGCUCUCUCGGCGGCAAAAAUCGUUCAAUAUCUCGGCGGCGCACGUCAAACUGAGAUAAGCUAAAACAGUUUGGUGAAGGGAUUGGCAAUUUGCCAAAAAAAGAAGCAAAAAAACGUUUUGUCGGGGGAGAAAUGGGGAAUUUUUGGGGCGAGAGAGUACGUUUUUUCGUGUCUUUUUUCUCUCUUUCUCUGCGAAAUCAAGACGAAGUGUAAAAAACCGAUAGCGAAGAGUCUAUUCCGGGCACCGGACUCCUCAGUUUGACGUGCGGCGCCCGCAAAGCGCGAGCUAAAACUUUCAGUAAUUAAUAUUUAGUUCAUACCUGACGUGUGUGCAAAAUUUAAAGAAAAUCUGAGCGUCGCACUUGGAGUACUUCCCUUGUAAGCUAAAAAAACUCCGUUUUGAAGAGAGAGGUAUCAAUUAGGGAAGGGAGGUAUUUUGCGACAGUUUGGUUCCUUCCUGCAUGCAAAAUGGGACGUUUUUUGCCACCGGAUCAGGUCCCCUACUGUACAUAUAAGGCAGCCUCUCUAACAUCUAUAACGCAACCUUUCUACAGCAAAUUUGUCCAUAAUAACCCAUAUUUUUUCAGCGCCAUGUCCCGUCAAGCCUGUAUCUCAGCCUUCGUUUUUGCCUGCCAAUUUUCUUUCACUUACAUUCUCAUAGCCAUAACACUGUACUUCGGCAAGGAUAUGAUGAUUCACAAUGAAAUCGACCCUUUCGACUAUCUACGGUAGGUUGUAAAAUACGGCGGAUAUAAUUUUUUUUAACGUUUAGAGUGGUGCUGCUAACCCAGUUCGGUGCAAACUUUAUCAGUCAGUUGAUCGCUUCCGUGACGGACUUCAGCAAGGCGAGAGUGGCCGCUGAAAACAUUCUUGGCGUGAUUACGGAGCCGGCAAGCGAUAUGGACAAUUUGAGCGACGAGGGACUCAGACCGGUGAGUUGUUUUAUUGGUAUACAGAGUGUUAUCAAGAAAUUUUGAAAAAACGUUUUGCAAAUAUCUUUGUGCUCUUUGCAGUUAUUAUAGAAGUUUAAGCUGCAUUUGAAAUUCGAAGUCAUGCGUUUUUAGAAUAUGCAAAACAUUUUUUUCUGGCCUCGGCGUAGAGACCAUUUUUUGGCGGAGACAUUUGAUGCCUUUUUUGAAAAUUACACUUUGUUGCAAAGCCCACAAUUGUGUACUACAGAUGAAGUUUUGUUUGUCCCAUCUGCUGGGAUGUAACCUACAGUGAAGAACCCGAUCCAGUGGGAAAAAGCGUAACAUUUUUCAUCGGGGAAGCAUCAAAAAUGUGGCAAAAUGCUUCCCUCCAUGACUAAAAAAACUCCGUUUUGAAGGGCGCGCCGUUUCCCUCACAAAAAAGGGCGCGCGCUUUUGAAAUUGGGGUAUUUUCAUUUGGAGCUACAUUUUUGAUACUUCCCGGAUGCAAAAUGGUUCAUUUUUUGUCACUGGAUCAGGUCCCCCACUGUAUUAGUCUCGGUGGCUUCGGGCAUGCUUCACACAAUGGCGAAGGCUCGAUGGAGACUUUUUUAGGGCCGUUUUGGAAGCUUGGCUUUUUAAAAUUUUUUCUUUUGUCAAUUGUGAAACUUCGUUUAGACAAAACUCAAAUGAGGACGGAAGACAUUUUUCUUUUAUUCUGGGUUGCCGUGCACAGCGCACGUCAAACUGAGGAGUCCGGUGACCGGAAUAGACUCUUCGCUAUCGGUUUUUUACACUUCGUCUUGAUUUCACAGAGAAGUCAGAGAAAAAGACGCGCAAAAACGUACUCUCUCGCCCCAAAAAGUCCCCAUUUCUCCCCCGACAAAAACAUUUCUUGCGUCUUUUUUGGGGAAUUGCCAAUCCAUUUUUAGCCUACUUCAGUUCGACGUGCAGCGCCUCCUUACCCCAUAAAUCCUUAUACUCCAAUUUUCAGAAAGUAGUUGGCCGCAUCUCCCUGCACAACGUUGAAUUCCGCUACCCAAGUCGGCCGAUCAUCCCCGUCCUCAAGGACGUCACAAUGAAUGUCGGGCCGGGCAUGAACGUGGCUAUUGUUGGGCCAUCGGGCUCUGGGAAGAGCUCCAUAAUUUCUUUAUUGCAAAGAAUGUACACUCCACAGAAGGGUCAAGUUGUAAGUGAAAUUUUAUAUGCUAGAAGGUGUACAACUUCAACUCAUUUCAGAUGCUGGACAAAUACAACGUCAAAACGAUAAAUCCGGCGUAUCUUCGGCGAGUUAUUGUCUGCGUGGGCCAAGAGCCAACACUAUUUUCUUUUUCCAUCAAAGAAAAUAUCACCUACGGCCUCGAUGAAGACGAAUAUACCAUGGUGAAUGUAAUUGAAGCCGCAAAGAUCGCGAAUAUUCACGAUUUUAUCGUCUCAUUGCCCAAGGGCUACGACACAGAGGUCGGGGAGUAUGGCGCCCAACUUAGUGGCGGGCAAAAGCAACGGAUUGCCAUAGCCCGAGCGAUGAUUCGAAAGCCGGUAGUGCUGCUGUUGGAUGAGGCGACCGCAGCGUUGGAUGCGACCUCGGAGAAGGCGGUUCAGCAGGCCGUGGAGAAGGCGAGCGAAAGCUGCACUUGCAUUCAUGGUAAACAACACGAAAAGUCUUUGUAUCCCCUCAAUAGACAUGGCUAAUGUAAGGAAGCCAGGGCCGGUCUUUUGGCAUUUCCGUGCAAACCCCCCGUCAAAAGCGGCACGGGCCAGACCUUUUCAAAAUUUUCAAAGCCCGGCUCGGCCCGCGGGUAGCUAUGGUCAGGUCCUGUGGAUUUUCAAGCCAGGCGCGGCCCCUGGGGAGUUAUGGCCCGGAGAAAUUUUUAGGUCCGGUCCAGCGCGUGAAGAGCUAUGGCCCGGUCUUGAAGAUCUUUAGGUUAGGCCCGGCUCCUAAAAGGAUCUUCAGGCCAGGCCGGCAAGUGGGGAGUUAUGGCCCGGCCCUAAGGAUUACCCCACAGGGAGCCCAGCCCGCGGGGAACAAUAAUGUCCCGGUCCUAAGGAUCGUGUUUCGGGAUUUUUGAAGUCCGGCAUGACCCGUUGAGAGCUAUGGUAUGGCUUUGAGGGUCUUCGCACGGUUCGGCCCGUGAAGAGCUAUGGCCCGGCCCUGAAGAUUUUCAGGUAUGGCCCGGUCCCUAAAAAAUUGCUUUGAAUAAUUUUGAAUUUCAAUUUUCCCGCCACUUUGGCAAUAUUUUGGUACUGUCUUUUUUGGCUCGUCUUUAGGUAGCUUUAUCGUUUCCAACAACAUUUCGAACAGCAUACAAUGUUUUUGAACAUCUUGUUGCAUAAUGCCAAGAACCCAAAAUUGGCACUCCAAUUUUUCGUUUCAAUACAAAAAAAUUUGCACGGCCAGUGCUAUGUCUGUCCCUCACUAUAAUUAAAUUGCAAUACCCUCUUUUCAGUUGCCCAUCAUCUAGCCUCGAUUCGAACGGUCGACAAGAUCUUUGUGGUUGUUGAUGGCCGAAUUACCGAACAGGGAACUCAUCAAGAGCUGAUGGCCGAAGAGGGCCUGUAUUACGAAAUGAAUCAGUUAGAAAAGUGA